GCUGUUCGGGGGCUGGGGGAUUGGCAGGGACAGAAAGGCAGGGCAGGGCUAGGAGAGGCUGAGGGCUGCAGGGCCGGGGCCCGGCGUGGCUGGGGAGGCGGGGCUCGCCUCUCUUCGUCACUUAGUGCAAAGCCUGGGAGUCUCAGGAGAACAACGGGCUCAUUCAGCGUGUGGCAGCGAGGGGAGCGGCUGGGGAGCGCCAGUCGCAGUCUGGCGAAGGGCACAGCGCAGGAGCCGGUCUUCGCUCCCCCCUCGGUCCCCGGCCGGAGCCGUGAGAGGAUGGCCCCCGGGAAGACGCUCCUCUACCUGUCCCUCUUCCCCUGCCUCGCCUCCGCCUUCAACCUGGACACCGACAAUGUGAUCCUGCGGAAAGGGGAGCCGGGCAGCCUCUUCGGCUUCUCCCUGGCCAUGCACUGGCAGCUGCAGCCGCAGGACAAGAGGCUAUUGCUGGUUGGAGCGCCUCGGGAGAAAGCCUUUCCAUCCCAGCAAGCCAACAGAACUGGAGGGUUGUAUAGCUGUGACAUUACAUCCCCAGAGACGCUUUGCACUCGUGUCCUCUUUGAUGAGAACACUGAUCCAGCAACUGAGAGUAAAGAAGACCAGUGGAUGGGUGUAACUGUCCAAAGUCAGGGGCCAGGAGGAAAAGUGGUGACAUGUGCACAUCGCUAUGAGAAAAGGCAAUAUGUAAACACAGUUCAGGAAACUCGUGAUAUCAUUGGAAGGUGCUACCUGCUGAGUCAGGAUCUCACUAUUAAGGAUCCUAAGGAUGAUGAGUCUGCUAUGGAUGGUGGAGAAUGGAGUUUUUGUGAUGGCCGACUGAGGGGCCAUGAGAAAUUUGGUUCAUGUCAGCAAGGUGUAGCUGCUACUUUUACUAGAGACUACCAUUAUGUUGUAUUUGGUGCACCAGGAACUUAUAACUGGAAAGGGGUGGUUCGUGCAGAGCAAAAGAAUCAAACAUUUUAUGCUGUGGAUAUCUUUGAUGAUGGGCCUUAUGAAGUUGGUAGUGAGAGUCGCCGAGCUGAGAAUCUAGUUCCUGUGCCAGCUAACAGUUAUUUAGGUUUCUCUUUGGACACUGGUAAAGGUAUCGUUUCCCAAGAAGAGACAACUUUUGUAUCAGGUGCACCAAGAGCCAAUCACAGUGGAGCUGUAGUUCUGCUGAAAAAAGAUCUCCAAAUUCCCAGAACACUCUCGCUUGUGCAUAUAUUUGAAGGAGAAGGGCUGGCCUCUUCUUUUGGCUAUGAUGUUGCAGUAGUGGACCUCAACAAUGAUGGUUGGCAAGAUAUUGUUGUUGGAGCCCCACAGUAUUUUGACCGAUAUGGAGAAAUUGGGGGUGCUGUGUACAUCUACAUUAACCAACAAGGCAAAUGGGAAGGGGUAAAGCCAAUUCGCCUCAAUGGAACCACUGAUUCUAUGUUUGGUAUUGCAGUUGAAAAUAUUGGUGAUAUUAAUCAGGAUGGAUUCCCAGAUAUUGCCGUGGGGGCACCAUAUGAUGAUUUUGGCAAGGUGUUCAUAUAUCACGGAUCCAAGAAUGGAAUAAAUACAAAGCCAGCACAGAUUCUUGAUGGCAAAAAAUCCAGUGUUCUAUAUUUUGGUUAUUCUAUUACUGGAAAUAUGGAUCUUGAUAGAAACUCCUACCCUGAUGUUGCUGUUGGGUCACUUUCAGAUUCUGUCUCUGUUUACAGAUCUCGGCCUGUUAUAAGCAUUAAGAAAACCAUCACGAUAUCUCCUGACAAAAUUGACCUGAACAGAAAGAACUGUUUUGAACCCAGUGGAAUCUGCAUGGACGUUGAAGCAUGUUUUGAAUAUAUUGCUAACCCCACGGACUUCAAUCAAAAAAUAAAACUUAACUAUACGUUUGAAGCGGAAAAUGACAGGAGGCGGUUAGGCCUGCCAUCUCGAGUUCAGUUUUCUAAGCAUCCGUCUGAUCAGUUGAUUGGAAGUAUAACUCUAGGAGGACGGAAUAGAAAAGAAUGUGUGAAAACCUCUCUUGUGAUGCAGGAAAAUAUCAAAGAUAAACUACGUCCCAUUCCUGUAUCGGUUGGCGUUAAAAUCAGCGGUUCAGAAUCUAGUUCACCAUCAAAGAGAAGACAAGGAAGAUCACUUCCAGAUCUUGUUCCAAUUCUAAAUUCAAAUGAACCAGAAACAGUGAGCUCAGAAGUGCAGUUCUUAAAAGAAGGAUGUGGAGAAGACAACAUAUGUAAUAGCAGCCUAAAACUUCAAUACAGAUUCUGUACCAGAGAAGGAAAUGAAGACAGAUUUGCUUAUUUACCAAUUGAAAACAAUGUUCCAGUGCUUGUCCUCAAAGAUCAGAGGGAUAUUGCUCUAGAAAUAACUGUGACAAAUAAUCCAUCAGAUCCAAAAAAUCUCCAAAAAGAUGGUGAAGAUGCCCAUGAAGCUAAACUAGUUGCAACUUUUCCAGAUAGCUUGACCUACUCUGCUUUCAGAGAGCUGAGGGCUUAUCCUGAAAAACAAUUAACUUGUGGUGCCAAUCAAAAUGGUUCUCAAGCAGAGUGUGAACUUGGAAAUCCUUUCAAGAGAAAUUCCAAUGUAACCUUUUAUCUGAUUUUAAGUACAACUAAAGUUAAUGUUGACACAACUGAUUUGGAUAUUAAUCUGAAGUUGGAAACAACAAGCAAUCAAGUUAAUUUGGCUCCAAUUACUGCUACUGCUAAAGUGGUUAUUGAAUUGCUUUUGUCACUCACUGGAGUUGCUAAGCCUUCCCAGGUGUACUUUGGAGGUAACGUAAUCGGUGAGAGUGCUAUGAAAUCUGAAGAUGAUGUUGGAAACAUAAUAGAAUAUGAAUUCAGAAUAACUAACUUGGGUAGACCACUUAAAACAUUUGGCACCGCUUCCUUGGACAUCCAGUGGCCAAAAGAAAUCAGCAGUGGCAAAUGGCUACUUUAUUUGAUGAAAGUAGACUCCAAAGAAUUGGGGAAAAUCCCUUGUGAACCUCAAAAUGAAAUAAACUCUUUGGGACUUGAGGAGUCCCACAGGUCAAGAAGGAAACGUGAAGUUGCAGAGAAGCAGACUAAUGAUGGCAAAAAAAAGUCUAUAUUUUCAGAAAGAAAAUAUAAGACCCUGGACUGUAAUGAGAGUGCACGCUGUGUGAAUAUAAAAUGUCCCUUGCAAGGCUUGGACAGAAGGGCAAUGGUUGUAUUGCGUUCAAGAUUGUGGAACAGUACUUUCCUAGAGGUAUGUUCUAUUGUUAUUCUUGAGGCAUUUGCACACUCUGUCUUUUCUCUUCUAAUGUAUCCUUAUUAUAUUUUGAAACAGGAAUAUUCUAAGCUGAACUACUUAGAUAUUCUCGUUAGGGCUACAAUCAGUGUUCCUGCUGCAGCUGAAAACAUUAAGCUCACAAAUGAAGGUGCUCAAGUGCGAGUUACUGUCUUUCCUGCAAAGACAGUAGCACUUUAUACAGGAGUGCCUUUGUGGAUCAUCUUGGUGGCUAUUCUUGCUGGAAUACUGAUGCUCGCACUGUUGGUGUUUUUACUAUGGAAGUGUGGAUUCUUCCAGCGCUCCAGGUACGAUGAUAGUGUCCCCCGAUACCAUGCUGUAAGAAUUCGGAAAGAGGAGCGACAGACCAAAGAUGGGGAACAUAAAGAGAAUCUUGAGAAAAAACAAUGGAUUACAAAAUGGAAUGAAAAUGAAAGCUACUCCUAGGGAAAAUUUCCCUCCUCAAUUCCCAAUUCAGACAAUUUUAAUAUUUCUUCAUUAAUGGAAUACUGAUGGACUCAGACCUACAUACAAUAUGGAACUAUAUUUUUGAUUGUAGAUAUUUUUACUUAUAUUGAAGCUUUUGUUUUGCACAACUAAAUUUAAGAUUGCUUGACUGAUUUAGCUGCAUUAUUUAAACUUCCAGAUAGUCAGAGACAAGAGGCAAACUUGCAUUUAUAAAAUGGUGCAUUGAACUGAGCAUUCUAUGAAAUAUGCACAUUAGUUUGUAAUGAUGCCACAAAAGGUCCUUUUCUGCAUUCCUUGGACAUCAAUGGAUGUGCAAGGAAUGCAGGAUCUGGUUCCAGAUAUAUUCUCCAAACUGUACUCCAAACUCCACGCUGUAGCCUUGACACACUUUAUGCAAAUAGAAUUUGGGGAAUCUGUGAAUGUGCUAUUCUUGUCAUAAGACUCUGCAGCUAUGGUAGUUAGGGCUUAACCUAAAGUGUCUUAAAUUAAAUGUGCAAUAGGUCAUGUUGCUAUGUUUCUCACACCAAAUAUACACAGGUUUAAAAAAAAGGCUUGAAUAUUAGUUGUAUGUUUUUGUAUAUAUUUUUGUAUUUUUUUUUUUUUUAUCAGCAGCUGUUUGUCUUUGACUAAUUAGGCCAAAGACUUAAGUGAACUUUAAAACUGGUAUGGAUGUUCUUAAAUAGGAUAUGAAAGUCCAGUUAGACGUGAAACUCACUGCAUUUAAAGAGUUCCUGAAGAGUGCCAGUGCUUUUUUAAAAUGCAAAUUUCAAUCACUGACACAUCCUUGAAAUAUAAACAUUCAUUCCAGGGGUUUGUGGGGGCAUUUUUUCUUAUUUCUGUUUAUGCAGCAGGAUUUAGGAAAGAUGUGGACAAACUGGAGAGAGUCCAGAGGAAAGCAACAAAAAUGAUAAAAUGUUUAGAAAACCCUGGCCUAUGAGGAACAGGUGUACUAAAAAAACCAGGGCAUGUAUUUAAUUUUGAGAAAAGAAGACUGAGGGGGGAAACCUGAUACUAGGUCUUCAAAUACCUUAAAAGCUGUUGUAAAGAGAACAAUGAUUAAAUUAUUCUCUGUCCUCUGAAGGCAAGACAAGGAACAAUGGGCUUAAUCACAGCAAGGAAGAUUGAGGUUAGAUAUUAGGAAAGAAAAAAAACCACUUUCUAAUUAUAAGGCUAGUUAAGCUCUGGAAUAAGCUUCCAAGUGAGGCUGUGAAAUCCGCUCAGUGGGGGAUUUUAAGAACACCUGUCAGGCAUGGUCUAGGUUUUACUUGGUCCUGCCUCAGGGCAGAGGACUGGACUUGACUUCUCAAGGCCCCCUGCAGCCCUUCAUUUCUGUGACUAAUUAUGUUCCUGUAACAAUGUAUGUGUUAAUUGAGACUAUUUUAAAUUUUCUUUUGUACAUCCAACAUGUAUAGGUUUUUCUAUUUAAUUUUUAUACUUAAUACAAAAAGUGAGGUGCUUCUGGAACAAUUUUCCAGCUCUGUAAGGAUUUCAUGUUUAGAGAAAGGUGUGUCUACUACUGAAAAUGUUAUAUAGCACUUGAAAGAAAACAUAAGCUCCUAUCUGUCCUUAACAAUGGCUCUGCACUGAUCCCUUUUGAGACUACUGAGUGAUGUCCUAAAUAUAGCUAAAUGUUAAUUGUAAGAAUAGUGCCACAACCUUGUGCUGCUCAGUAACCUAACUGUUGUAACAUAACAGAGCUAUUUAAAGAGUUUAUUGGUUUUUUUUUAACUUACAUUCUAAAAUGUUGGUACUAUUUAAAUAAUUCAGAUUUCUUAUUCCAUAUGAAAAAUACUAAUGACCUGUGUGAAUAAUUUUUUUUGCAUAGGGAUGAGAAUUAUGCAAAAACUUGUUAAAGUAUUUUCUUUACAAGCUGCUAGCUUUACCUUCCCCCAGAAGUCUAUUGUUUUAAUGCAGACUGCUGGGGUGACUGAAGCAAGCAAGACUGGUCACCAAUUGUGUGGAUGGGUUUGGUUUUGUACUACUAUUCAUUUCUUUCCUUCAGUCAGGCUUUUUGAAGCUUUGUUUCUUUAAAAAUGUUAUUUUAGAAGCUCCAUUCUUUUGCUUCAAGGUUAACAGGUCCCAUGUGUAAUUUUCCUCCUUCCUCUCAUCAUAUACUUCCAAAAUUACAUUGUGACCCCUGUUCUGCAACAUUUGUGUGUACAUAGCUGUUUACUGCAUAUUGUCAGUCUGUCUCCCUAAUGAGAGCUACAGCAGUGUUUAAAAUCCCAGCUCCUUUGCUGAGUGGCUCAAAACCCCAAGAAACUGAGCUCAUCACUUGCAAAGAAAUGGGAAUUUUGAGACUGUUGCAGCCCUAGUUAAAAUAAAACAUACGGUUAGGUAUGUGGCACCCUCUUUUUAUAAAGAGCAAAAUAAAAAAAUGUCUUGGCAGUGUUAAAUUUAGGACUACUGAAAAUAAUAUCUCAAGUCAUGUCACUGGUAUACUAUCCUCUCAAACACAACUAAUAAUGCUAAAUCAUUCCAGGAUUAGAAAUUACCUGUGGAUAUUUGUAUUAAAGUGUGAAAUUUUUUUUUUUAAUUAAAAUACAUAUUGCCUUGGUAUUACUGGUAUAUUUCUUACAGGACAAGUUUCUUUUAUCAGACUGAAUUGUUGAAUUAUGUAACAUAAAAUAAGCAUUAGCAACUGAGUUUCUGUAAGUGGUGCUUAGAUUUCACAGCUCACCAAUUUGUUAUAACUAAAGCCAGCCUGCUCUAUAUGUAAUUUUCAGCAUGAAUUAAAGCAAGAAAUAUACAUGA